CCCGGAAGUGACCGAUAUAAGUGACCGAUUUAAGUGGCGUCAGAAGUGCGAUGUUGGCGAAACAAAGUGUGGAAGUGAAAGCCGGGCUGAUUUCUGCGUAUGCGAGUCUAAGUGUGUCCAGGAGCCUGUGCGGACUGUUGGGCGGUAACUGGAGACGUUUAGAAAUACCAAGCAGCUGCGUACCGACGUGUCGCCUUGUCACUGCCUGUCUGCCGGGGGCUACCUGCCAUCAACCCGCCGGCCCAUGGGUGCACAGUGGUCCCUAAGUACCAGCACCCUGUUGCCUCUUCCCGACAGCAGGAAGAGAGGGCAGCAGGAGGGCGAGUGGGAGGAUGACAAUGACUCUCUGGAUGAUCGGCAUAGGCAGGAGGACAUUGCCCAGUUCCCCUAUGUUGAAUUCACUGGCCGGGACAGCAUCACCUGCCCUACGUGUCAGGGCACUGGACGGAUCCCCUCAAGACAGGUGAAUGAAUUGGUGGCUUUGAUUCCCUACUCUGACCAGAGGCUGCAGCCCCAGAGAACGAAGCAGUAUGUGGUCCUGUCCGUGGUGCUCUGUCUGCUGGCUUCCUCGCUGGUGGCGUUCUUCCUCUUCCCGCGCUCCGUGCUCGUGGUGGAUGAUGGGAUACGGGUGGUGACCGUGCACUUCGACCGCAACAACAGCAGAGUGCUUAUCAAUAUGACGAGCACAUUGAACUUCACCAACUCCAACUUCUUCACGGUGCUGGUGGACAGCGUUAACUGCCAGGUGCUCUACAUGAAGUCGGUCAUAGGCAUUCAGCAGCUGGACAAUGUCAUCCAUAUUCAGCCCCUCAGCCAAAGACAGGUAAACUUCACUGUCAGUCUGGUGAUCAGCGGAAGCCUCUCCUAUGUUUAUGCCUUCUGUACCAUGGCCAGCAUCAAGGUCCAUAACAUCGUGGUGUUAAUACAGACCUCAGUGAAGACCUCCUAUAUGGUACGCACCGCCCAGAACACCAUGGAGGCCUACCACUACAUUGACUGUGGCUCUAACUCCACCGUUCACCAGCCUUCCGUGUCCUGGGGUCAUUGAUGUGCUGCCCCCACAGCCGACUCCCACGAGGAGCCGGACCACAAACUGGGAGAGUGACGUCCGUCCUCAUCCUGUCUCACCUCUUUAUGGUCUCAAAGCUUCGAUUUGCAGUUUGACAGGUACCAGUGACAUAGAUCUGCUGUAGAUAUAGAUCUCCUCUUUGGUUACUACUGUAGCAGUGGUUGCUACCCUGUAAUCUUUUUAUUAUCUGGAUAAUGGCUUCCAAAAAUCUCGUCCAUAGAUGACUCUUCUGUAGCACUCGCACAAUUUGAGCUUGUCAGUAUCGAUUUUUGGGAUGUUGCAGUGGGGGUGAGGUCUGUUUCGCUCCUUUUUUGAUCAGGGUGGCAACACUGCAUAGAGUUGAGUGAAACUCCUGUAGCAGGUCAAGCCUGUGUGAUGAUCUCACACAUAAUGUCUAACAUACUAUAACAACACAUAAUGUUUGGAUUGUCUUGCAAUGCUUGUCUGCUUGUUAGGUCAGUCCUCUUCACAGCAUAGCUGUUGCAUCUCAUUUACAUUAUGGGGCACUUACGGUUUAUCAAAAGGGGGGGGGGGGGAUAUUUAUUUAUUCACUGCUGAUUUGUGUUCAGUCUCAGGGAAAUUGACGGUAACAUCAGAUUUCUACCCAUGAUCAAAAUGCUUAUUUUGAGGGAGGCAUUUAUCACCAUUAAUACUGUCUUGCAGUGAAAACCUGAUUUCCAUUCUUUACCUAGAUUUGAAAAUUAAUUGAAAUUUUGCUUCUGUCUACGCAUGACAUAUUCCUAUUCCUGAUAAUCUGCUUUGGGUUCCCCUUUUGAAAAAGUGCUUAUAUAAAGUUGUAAUUGAUCGAAUUGAAUCAGCUCAUAUGUCUGGGUUUUCAAGCAUGCAGUGUUGACUUUUUUUUUUUUUUUUCUU